AAGUUAGUGGGAAUGAUUCUAGGACAUCUCCAAUCAGGAAACAAACAGUGAGAGGUAGGCAGGCGCAACUGGUGUGCCAGGUUCUCUAACCUGCUGAACUGAAACCCACUCGUUUUGUGGAAAAUGUCUAAAAUGAAGAACCCUCGGACUUUUGAGGAGCAAACAGAAUGCAUCAUGAAUGUUCUACUCACAGACUUUUUGACCCCAACAUUACAGGUUGCUAACCGGAACCUACCGGAGGCAGAUGAACCAUGUUCAGGAGAGGCUUGCUCUUUUGAUGUGUCUAUUAUUGCUGGCCGCCUUCGAAUGCUGGGUGACGAGUUCAAUGGAGAAUUGGAAGCUUCUGCCAAUAAUUUCCUUGCAAAAACCAUUCAAGGACAGGCAGGACCUAUACUCAAGGACACAGUGCAGUCUCUCAGCGAGGCCUGGUGUGCUCAGAACCCCACCCUAGCUUUUGAAAGAGCCUUUCUGGCAGUGUCUGUGAAACUUCUUGAAUAUGUGGUCCAUAAGGCUCCUGAGAUGGCAAGACAGGUGGCUAACUCCAUGACAGACAUGAUCAAUGAGAACACAGCCAUCCGAGAAUUUAUCCAGGGCCAGGGAGGAUGGGAAAACCUGGAGAGCUGAAGAAAUGGGGUUUUCCCCCCAGACUGAACAUCACUUCUCUGAUGUCUGACAAUUAAAACACGCUUUCUUCAACA